GGGCCGGCCGCUCCUCCGGCCCCAGGAUGCAGAAUGUGAUUAACACAGUGAAGGGAAAGGCACUGGAAGUGGCUGAGUACCUGACCCCGGUCCUCAAGGAAUCAAAGUUUAAGGAAACUGGUGUUAUCACCCCAGAAGAGUUUGUGGCAGCUGGAGAUCACUUAGUUCACCACUGUCCAACAUGGCAAUGGGCUACAGGGGAAGAAUUGAAAGUGAAGGCAUACCUACCAACAGGCAAACAAUUUUUGGUCACCAAAAAUGUGCCAUGCUACAAGCGGUGCAAGCAGAUGGAAUAUUCAGAUGAAUUGGAAGCUAUCAUUGAAGAAGAUGAUGGUGAUGGAGGAUGGGUAGAUACUUAUCAUAACACAGGUAUUACAGGAACAACUGAAGCAGUUAAGGAGAUUACACUGGAAAGCAAGGACAGUAUAAAACUUCAAGAUUGCUCAGCAUUAUGUGAGGAGGAGGAAGAAGAAGAGGAAGGAGAAGCUGCAGAUAUGGAAGAAUAUGAAGAAAGUGGAUUGUUGGAAACAGAUGAGGCUACCCUAGACACAAGGAAAAUAGUAGAAGCUUGUAAAGCUAAAACUGAUGCUGGAGGCGAAGAUGCUAUUUUGCAAACCAGAACGUAUGACCUUUAUAUCACUUACGAUAAGUAUUAUCAGACGCCACGACUAUGGUUGUUCGGCUAUGACGAGCAACGGCAGCCUUUAACAGUUGAGCAUAUGUAUGAAGACAUCAGUCAAGAUCAUGUGAAGAAAACAGUGACCAUUGAAAAUCACCCUCAUCUCCCACCACCUCCUAUGUGUUCAGUUCACCCAUGCAGGCAUGCUGAGGUGAUGAAGAAAAUCAUUGAGACCGUUGCAGAAGGAGGGGGAGAACUUGGUGUUCAUAUGUAUCUCCUAAUUUUCUUGAAAUUUGUACAAGCUGUCAUUCCAACAAUAGAAUAUGACUACACAAGACACUUUACAAUGUAACGAAGAGAGCAUACAGUCUAUCCUAAUCAUUGGUUCUGAUUUUUAAAGAAUUAACCCUUAGAUGUGACCAUUGACCAUAUUCACCAAUAUGUACAAUUUCUCUAAUAAAGGGACUUACACGUUUAUGCAUUAAAUAAAAAAGUUCCACUACCAGCCUUAUUUGUUUAAUAAAAAUGAGUGUAAAGA